CUCUCGUGCCCUUUGUUUCUUCAUUCUUGUUCUUCUUUUCUUUAUUCCCAACCGAGAGAUUAGAGAGAGACCGAGAGAGAAAGAAAGAGAGACCAAGAGAUGGAGAGAAUCAGAGAGAACUUGAGGAAGGCGUGCGGUGGGCUAGCCACCGUUUGGGGUGGACGACGGCGCCGGGGCCAGUGGGUCUCGGCCCAACGCUGGUGAGGCCAAAAAGCUUGGAGUUCCGGCAUUUUCUCGGUACCCAAACAGUAUAAAAUCCUUUUUUUUAUGGGCCAGUAUAAUUUUUAGGCUUGAUUUCUUGAUUUUUGUUUUGAUUUGGGUUGUUUUGUGAAGAUUUUCGUUAUACCCACUUAUUCCGGUUCUAUAAUGGUAAAAAUCUUCACUUUUGAUUUUAAUUUGUUAGACUGAUGGGGAAUUUUAUAGUUGGUUCUGAUUGGGGAUGGUUUGAUUCUUGAUGGAUUGUUCAGCAUGGGACGGAUUUCUGCUAGGACCUAAAGUCCAACCGCUCUAGCUUCAAAAUUGGAUUUGUAUUCUGUAUAUUCAAUUCCUUAUCCUAUUAUGCACAGUCUGUAUGCAUCACAUUUGUGCUUUUGGUUGUCUUCCUCAAUUUCUAAAUACUUAUGGGCCUAUGGGCGCUGUAUUUGGCACAAGCUCUGGAAUAUUGCAGUAGCAAAGGACGGGCACUGUAUCAAUGCGUACAGGGUCUUGUUUGAUCAGGAAGGAAAUCCCAGGCUGUCUUGCUUUGGCCUUAUGAAGAAUAGCAGGGAUGGGAAGAGUUACAGUACUAACUUGGCUUUCACCCCUCCGGAGUACUUGAGGACUGGUAGAGUGACUGCAGAAAGUGUAGUUUACAGCUUUGGGACCAUGCUGCUUGAUCUUCUUAGUGGCAAACAUAUUCCACCGAGUCAUGCACUUGACCUGAUCCGUGGCAAGAAUUUUCUGUUGCAGGUGUUUUUUAUGACUUGCACCAUUGACAUUGAGCUUCUUUCUUGCUAUACCGGACCUUAGGCUUAGAUGUAUAAUAAGAAGUGUAAAAUAGUUGAAGUAUGAUUAGGAUUUUGUUAUCUGCAUUAUUCCUUUGAUAAUUGAGAUAGUUUUGAGAUAAAACAUUUUUGUUUUAGUUGUCAUAAGUUGAAUGGUUACUCUAAGAGACCAGGGAAUCUG